UGGAGCUCCCCCGGACACAUUGACAGAAGAACACAUUUCUGUUUAGGUUCUCACAUGUGUAGCCAGCAAGACCGGUGGCUAAAACUAUUUGAUCGCUUUUUUGGUUUACCUCUCAAACAAGAUGGGGAAGAAACGGUCGAGUGAAGACGUGGAUGAGUCCAAAACGCAUGCGAAGAAAGGAAAAGUAUCUGAGACAGCAGAGUUUAAUGGAACUGUUUUUAAAGCCAUGUUGAAGGAGCCGACCAAGGCAAUGAAGGGCUUGGAUACAUUCAUCACGACGGCAAAGAAGCUGCCAUGUCCUGACCUGUAUGACGUUGUUGAGGGUUACAUCAAGAUCUCCAUGGAGUGUUCUGAGAUCUUCAAACUGCUGGAGGGAGACAAGCAGAUGGAGAGUGAAAUGAUGUUGAUUUUCCAGAGUUUGGAGAUGAUUCUGCUGCGUACAGCCAGUGAUCUCUCUCAUUUCAGCAUGGUGGGAUUCACGAUAGUAAAGAAGGCUGUUUCCAGCUAUAUGAAACUCAUACAGACCUCCCUACACUCAGAAAACCACAGGUUUGUCCGUCACUGCCUGAGUUUCCUGUCGGCCAUGGUAUCCCAGGGAGCAGACACAGCCAGGGAAGUCUUCAGCCACUUCCACUUCACUAAAGGCCUUUCUGCUUUGGCCAAGAGGAAGGAUAAGAUGGGUAGACCUGAUGUCCGCAUGGCUUACACCCAGUUUGCCCUCUCCUUCCUGGUCUCUGGUGACAACGUUACUAUUGGACAACUACUGGAGAUGAAAGAUUUCCUGCCAGACAUUCUAAGCAGCGGACUGAAGGAGGAUCGUAUCUCCACUGUCAACCUGAUUCUGUCUACUCUGCAGACUAAGGUGGUCCAGAGACAAGCCAUCAGUAAGACCCAGAAGGUGCGUUUCUUCACCCCAUCUCUCCUGGCCCAGAUUGCAUCACUCUACAGGUGGAAUGGCAUUGUGGAUGCAAGCACAGACGACAGCAAGAUGGCAGAGAACGCAGAGGAAGCAGGGAAGAUGGUCGUGAGGAAACUGGUCCACAACUUCCUCCUGAAUCUAUGCUGCUCCCGGAAACAUGGCAUCAGUUUCUACGACCCCAGCUUUGGAACGGCCGGCAGGGCUGGUAACAUUGUGCUACUGCAGUUUGUGGUGGGGCUGAAGCAGGCUACAGAGGACGACCUGGUGUCUGAUCUGAUGGUCAAUAUACUAAGGGUCAGUCCUGACAUCUUGCCCAGGUUCUUCAAGGAGACACAGUACUCCUUCAUCCCUCGCCUCAAAUCUGCCUGGACGGACAACAUCACUCUGCUCAAGAAGAUCUACGAGUCUCAGCCAGAGGUGUCCAAGGCCUUCCAGACCAGAGAGGUUGUUCCUCUGCCCCGCCUCCUGUCCAUGGUGCUGGUGACAUCACUUCCUCCCGUCUGUAACAAGGCCUUCUUCACGCAGGGCAUCAACUUUGCCAACGCGGUGGUGCAGCACACGACCCUGUCCCUCAUGUCGUUCCUUCUGAAGAGAGCUCAGAGGAACAUAGAGUUGUGUCUGGACCGCUCUGUGUGGCUCGCCUCUGAUCUCUACACACCAGCCACCAUGCAGGACUUCACACAACAGUACAGAGAGGCACUCGGCAAGGUUCUACCGGACAUGACGAGCAUCGUGUCCAAAUGGCAGUCACUGACCAAGAAGGAGAAAGGAGGGAAUGAAGGGAAGAAGGAAGGAGAUGUCAAAGAGGACGCGACUAAAGUUGAACAACCCGCCCCGUCAGGCCCCGAGUCUCCAGAGGUCAUCGUCCUGAAAGCCCUCAUCCUCCAGGUCAUGUGUCUCUACCAGAAGGUAGUGCCUCAUCUGGUUAGCCAGAGCAAGUUUGACUUCAGCAAGCUGCUCAAAGGUAUCGUGUCAGAGAAAGGUAUGAGAGAGGAGGUCCAUCCAGUCCUUCAACACCAGAUAUUACAACUGGCCCUGGACCUGCCGGCCAGCAAGUUCUCCUGGUUCAGAGUUCAGGAUCACGUGGAGACGGGCUCUGGGGAGAAGUCUGUGUUCUUCCUGCUCCUCAAGAUGUUUGUGAGCAGCAACAACAGCCACCUGAAAAUGUCCACCAGGAAACUGGUGGUGAAGGUGCUGAAGGACAGUGGAGUGUUUGAGUACACCUGGUCUGAGCUGGAGCUGUGGCUGAAACACCUGGACAGACUACAGACAGACCAGCAGGACACGGUCAUACACUUCCUGGAGAGGGUGCUCAUGUGUCUGGUGUGUAACCCCUACACCUACACAGACAAGGUGGCCAGUCUUGUCCAGGAGGCAGCCUACCUACAGGCCAAUCUUAGCGGACAGGACGGAGACACCGCCAGCAUCCCCAUCUCACACAUAGACGACGUGCUGGACAUGGUUGAUGUGAUCAUGGAGGGCAGCGAGGGGGAGACGGAGGAGCUGGGCCCCGCGCUUAGUGAUGACCUCAUCCUCCAGACCUUCCCUUUCAGUGCAGUGGUACCUGCUGUCCUGGAGGCCAGGAACAAACUACCUGCUACCUACAGAACGGAGAAAGGUGUAAUAUAUGACUACAUGGCAACAGUCCUGUGUGACGUGCUCCACUGUCAGAGAGACCCUCUGCCCCUCAGCCUGGCUCUUCUACAGUACGACAAAGAGCUGAACUCCUCUGAAGAUCCUGGGCCUCCCCAUCACUCCAUCAUUCACCUACAUCACUACUACACAUCAUGGCUGCCCCAACAGGCCCGGGAACCUCUGUUCCAGUCCUGUGAAAGCCCUUUCCAUGUCUCUCCUAGUCCUGUGACCUUCACUGGUCUACUGAAGACUGCCUACACCCAGGGGGCCUCUGCCCUGCUAGAAGACUCCUUCCGGUGGAGACUGGAGAAGAGUCUGGUCACUAUGGAGAUGGCAGAGUAUCCUGUUGCAGCCAAGCAGAUCCUGCUGUACAUCAAAACCACUGUGGACAACUGCAGCAGGUUGUCUAUAGACACAGGGCUGCUGGAGCUCAAUGUCCUAAUGGGAGUUCUCCAGGGGUUGAUGUUGAGGCUUCAGAGCACCCAGGAACCAACUGAGGAAAAAGAGGCAGAGCCCAUGGUCGAAGGAGAGACUGAGCCCAUGGUCGAAGGAGAGACUGAGCCCAUGGUCGCUGAUCAGAAGUCAGCUGAGACCGCAGAAACCAUGGCUGUGGAUCUCAAGGUGGCGGCGGAGACGGAGCCUAUAGCUAUGGACCAGGACACCGCCACUGUAGUAGAUCCAGCCAAGGCAGCAGAACCCAAAGCUGUGGACCUCCUGAAUGGAUCAGAGCUCUUCCUGGAGGUCAACCCGUCUUCUGAAGCAGAGGACGACCACAGCCUGGUGGUGUUGUCAGUGCUGAGUUCCAUCCUGAAGCACCCGUGUAUCGAGCAGUGGUUCCUGUCUCUGGAGUUGUCCUCUGUCCCUCCUACCUCCCUCAACCCCGUCAGGCUGAAGCUGCUGUGUGCUCAACUGUCUGACUGCAUCCUGGGUCUAUUACAGUCCUCUGCCUCCGUCCUUCGACCCCUGAACUCCCUCCAUCUCCUCUCCCCCUACCUAGAGGCUGUAUCAAGGGCUCUGCUCAGAGAGCUGGGGGAGACUGGGGAGAGGAGGGAGACCGACAAGGAGUCCCGGCCUGUGAGAGCCUUCAUGGCCUUGCAUGCCUACAUGGAACCCUCUCUCCUCCAGGAGCUGGUCUCUUCCCUUCUCCUCCUCCCCAAGGAGGCGCUCAUCACCCCGGGGGAGGGAGAGGAGGACAGAGAGAAGAGCCCCAGAGCAGCAGAGCUCAGUGUCUACGGACGCACGGCUCUACAGGUCCUCACUGAGACCACCUCCUCCACCGACGCCUCUUCAUCCGGCUCCCCUGUCCUCCUCCUCUCCCAGGCCCACCUCCAAGGCCUGGCCACCCUGCUCCUCUCCUGCUCCAGCCCAUCUCUGGAGACCUUCCUCCUGCAGGCCCUGAGGACCCAGCCAGGCAACGCUAAACUCCUCCACACUGACAUCCUGCUCCACUGUCUCCAGGGGCCUCUUACUGCAGCCACCCAGGCCCUCGGGGUAGCUCUGCUGCAGAACUGCUCUGCUCACAGGCUCUGCUUCGAGGUGUGGUGCCUGCAGCCGCAGCACCUAGAGACACUGACAGACCAGGUGGAGACAUUCCUACCGCUGGUCAACAGUUACCUGCAGACUGCAGCCAGAGAGGACCUCGCCAGGCCUAAAGAAGUUCAGACAGCGGUGCUGAAGGCCUUGAAGAAGGCCCUGUUCCCCAGGCUGAGCCUCUCUGUGCUGGGGCAGGAGACAGGGGAGGCCCUGGGGCCUGUGGAGGUUGUGGAGGCUCUGUCUAGUCUGGUUAGACUGACAGCUAAGGUCAAGGACAUCAGAGAGCUCAUCGCCUCCCUGCCUGCUGCCCUGCAGAAACUAGACGGCUUUGAGAGAUGGCAGCUGGUGGACCCCAUCAGUGCUGUGCUGUCUGUCUGUCCCGAGGAGCUAGAGUUGUGGAGGACUUCGGUGCUCUCUGCUGCCCUCCGGUGGCUGAGCUCUUCCUACGGUCACAACAGAGACCAGAACACGGCACCACUCACACAGGAGGACAGCAUACUGAAUAGACUGACUGUACUGCUGACUUUUCCAGAAGACGUAACAGCAGCAGAAUGGAACAGCUUUGUCAAGGCUGGACUGAAGUGUCGCUACAGAGACCCUAACUUCCUGAGCACCUUAAACAAGAUGUUGGAUCUGAUGUAUGGAGGUAGUGAAGGACCUAAAGACCUGGUUCCUCUACCUACCAUCCACAUGAUGGCCUCCAGCCACUCCCUGUUUCUACCCAUCAUGCUGGGAGACGAGGAGGACCUUAGUGGGAACACACAGGUUAAAGGUCCAGAACAGGACCUUAGUGGGAACACACAGGUUAAAGAGGCCCUGGUCUCUCUCCUGCUCAGCCUAGUGAAGAGAAGUCCUGCUGUCUGUAGCAGCAGCCACUUCGUAGUCCUACUGGGAGGGUACGGCGCUACUCUCAGUACUACAGAUCAGAAUCUGUUACUGCUGCUGCAGGAGUACGAACGAAACGGCAUCAGUCUGGUAGACUUUCAGUGCAUGCUUUGGGGCCCAGCGGCGGUGGAGCACCAUAAGGCCCGGAGAAGCCUGGGCGUUUCCUUGUGGCAGCAACCCAGCUCUGAGGACCUGCUGGCUCUGCUCAGCCCAGACACCAUGAUCAACACCAUCACUCACUUCCCCCUGCAACGCAGGAUCAUCCUACAGGAGGGUAAAGAGCUGAUUUUCAAAGAUGAGGAAGUGAAGGAUCUUGGGAGUGUGUAUGACCCUUGUUUCCUCCUACCUCUCUUCAGCGCCAUGCUUCAGCCAGAGUCUGUGAUCGACUGUCUGAAGUUUGUGUCGAGUCACGGCCUUGGUGUGACGAUGGUGUCCCUGAGUAGUUACGACCCCAAGCUGAGGGCAGCGGCCUAUCAGGUCCUGGCUUCAUACCACCAUCAUCUGGAGGCUGCUCGCUUCAGAGAGAAGAGACAGCUGCUGUACCUGCUGGACAUGGUAAAGAAUGGGAUCCGACAGCAGAACCUCAGGAUGCCCUUCAUACUGACCACGUACAUCACUAAGGUGGCCCGGCAGAUGCUGAAACCAGAGGAGCACAUGUACGUGGUGGUGAACCGGUUCCUGCUCUCCCAUCAGUGUCUGGACUUCAGAAGGGUUCCAGAGUUCUUCAAACUGUUCUACAGCUGUGACAUGGAGCACAAAAUGGAGAGGGAGUGGAUUCUGUCUGUCCUUGAGGAGGGCCUGAAAGACAGACAGUGUUAUGAUCUGCUGGACCAACAGGGGAUCUUUCAGACACUGCUAGGAUUCUGUUGCAGCCCACUCUGUGACCAACACACUCAGACUCUGAUAGUGAGAGUCCUGCACCAGGCUGGUCGUGUGACCAAAGCAGCCUACAACCUGACCAAGGGUCACGGGCUCCUCACCUGGAUUCUGCAGCUGCUGGAGAGGAGACAUGUAGACCAGGGUCUGCUGAGUGCUGUGGUGGAGCUGCUCCAUGUGCUGUGGUUCACCAACCUGGGCCAGAAGGAGACCCGUGGUGAAGGAGCCUCCUCUUCCUCAUCCUCCACGGCCAAGGAGGACAAACCCCAGGGACACAGCACUCCAAAGGUUCUCCCUCUACCCCUCAUCAGCCAGUUCCUGUGUGUGGCCACCACCAUCAUCAGACAUCUGAGGCUGGUGAAGGCAGGUCAGCUGAGCCUGUAUCUCCAGACUCUGAGCUCCAUCCUGCAACAUUGUGGAACAGCUCUGGGGGUCCACGGGGAGGCUGGCUGGCUGACCUUACGACCCCAGGCUCUUUCCUCCCAAGACGCCCUCGCCCUCCUCCACCGCUGGAGCACACUGACCCACAAUGCACCGCUCCUCAGCCAGCUGCAGACUGUGGCGGAGAAACACAAAGUCAAGGAGCUGCUGGGGUCGGGCAGGGAGAAAGGCCGAGGGAGAAGCUCCUCUGUCCAGGUCCAGGUCCGUUCUCACUCCCGACCAAAGGAGGAGGAGGAGGAAGGAGAGGUAGAGAGACGAGAGGAGGAGAAGACUCUUUUGGAGAAGUGUAUUCCUCACCUCAGGAAUAUCUUUACCCACUGGGAGCCUGUCUCUCUUGCCUGUCCCCCCUCUUCCACCGCCAGCCCACCUCCCUCCCCUGACCCCCAUACUCCCACCUCCACCCCUCUGGCUAACACCACAGCCCAUCUUCUCACCAGGUGGUUCCUGAACUCCUUGGUUGAGGGAGCCUCCACCUACGAGGACAAAAGGACAGUCCACUUCCUUCGCUGGUUCCAGAAGACUGUCCUGUCUCAUAGAUUCAUAGUGGACCUGGUGCUGGCUGACCCUGCUGUGAGAGUGGACCUGCUCCGUCUAUAUCACCAGGCCUGUGAGCCCCAGGCCCAGGCCCAGACCCAGCCCCAGACCCAGCCCCAGGCCCAGAUCUCUUCCAGGGUAGAACACGUCCAGCUGUUCACCAACAUUAUGAUCCAGCUCCUGGAGUCCAGAGGCUGCACUGAGAGUGACCUGCACAGGGCCGUGCUCACAGCAUGCUCCCUAGGAACAACAUGUGAUGACCAGACCACAAAGGAAGGUCUGAUGUUGCUGUCUCUGUACAUCCAUGAGAUGUGGAGUGGAGCGAAGAGCCCAGAGCUGUUCCUGAACCAUGUCAGAUUGGCGAAUGAGAUCCAGGGCUCUAUAGGAACCAAGGACCAGAAGAAGAAGUCCAAACGACGUUCCCAGACACACACAGCCCUCAGAACCAUCUGUAGUGACCUCCUCUCAGGACUGCAGUCUACUGUUGCACCAUAGGUGUUAAAUAGCUGUGGCCCACAUUACACCCUAUUGAGUAUGCUAUUUCUUAACCAGGGCCCGUGGUCUCUGGUCAAAAAGUAGUGAACCACACUGAGUGUACAAAACAUUAAGAACACCUGCUCUUCCCAUGACAUAGAUGACCAGGUGAAAGAUAUGAUCCCUUAUUGGAUGGCACCUGUUAAAUCAACUUCAACCAGUGUAGAUGAAGGGGAGGAGACAGGCUAAACCAGUGUAGAUGAAGGGGAGGAGACAGGCUAAACCAGUGUAGAUGAAGGGGAGGAGACAGGCUAAACCGGUGUAGAUGAAGGGGAGGAGACAGGCUAAACCAGUGUAGAUGAAGGGGAGGAGGCAGGUUAAAUCAGUGUAGAUGAAGAGGAGGAGGCAGAUUAAAGAAGCUCUAUGUUAGGAAGGUGUUCCUAAUGUUUGCUAUACUCUGUGUGUGUGUGUGUGUGUGUGUGUGUGUGUGUGUGUGUGUGUGUGUGUGUGUGUGUGUGUGUGUGUGUGUGUGUGUGUGUGUGUGUGUGUGUGUAUAGAGAGCAGUUCCAUACAGUAGAUUCAGAGUUGAGAUAAGUGUGCACAACUCAUGACAUUUGAGUUGAACGUCUAGUGAGAAGAGGACAUUUUCUGAGAAUCUCAAGUCAGAAUACAGUAUGCAUACUUGUACACAUUUGAAAACGGUGUUUACUCAUAAAAUGGAAGCCUCCGUUAUUUUGCAUCUAAAUUUUCUAAAAGAAGUUGUGUGUUUUGUAUGUGAAUCAUUACAUUACAUUAUUUUUGUUUGUUCAAAACAUUCACUUCGCUCUUUUAUAAAAUGUUGUAAAACUA